CUCGGUGCCUGUGUCAGAGGCGCCCGGUUCCUGCCUGUGCGGUGCCGCUGGGCAGGCUGCAGGAGCGGAGCCCAGGGAAAUAACCCUCCAGCGACCCGCCGGCCCUGCUUCCCUCGCCUCCUCCUCCGCUGGAACCCAUGCGCCCCCGGGCAGGAAUCUGACCGUGGUCCCCUCUUUCCCUCCUUCCCCGGGAUCCGGCCGUCCUCGCCUCCAGCCGAGCCCCGCUUCCCCGGCAAGGGCCCUUCCGCUCCUGGUUCCUUAUCCAGAGUGAUGGAAAAUUCUUCCGUGGCUUCGGCCUCGUCUGAGGCAGGGAGCAACCGAUCACAGGAAAUCGAGGAGCUGGAGCGAUUCAUCGACAGCUACGUUUUGGAGUAUCAAGUCCAAGGCUUGUUGUCAGACAAGACGGAGGGGGACGGGGAGAGUGAGAAAACGCAGUUGAAUGUCUCACAGUGGACGGCUGACUGUAACGAGCAGAUCGAGGGCAGCGGUUCUUCCUUCAGGGCCAAGGGCUUAGCACCUCAGAAUCAAAACCAGGAAGAGUGGGAUCCCAGCAGCAGUGGCAGUUCAGGAUCCCGGCCAAGUUCAGGCUCCAGACAUGGGUCUAUAUCAAGGUCUGACGGCCAAGGGAGAAGCAACCAGUUCAGGCAUUCAACCAAGAAUGGCAACAAAGACAGUUCUCUGGACAUGCUGGGCACGGAUAUCUGGGCAGCCAAUACGCUCGAGUCCUUCAGUGGUGCCACUUGGGACUUGCAACCUGAAAAACUUGACUUCUCGCAGUUCCACAGGAAGCUCCGCAACACCCCCAAGCACCCGCUCCCACACAUCGACAGGGAAGGGAUUGGAAAAGGAAAGUGUGAGGAUGGAGACGGGAUCAACUUGAAUGACAUCGGGAAGGUUCUGCCGGCCUGGCAGGGUUAUCACCCGUUGCCACAUGAAGCUGAAAUUGCGCACACCAAAAAAUUAUUCAGAAGAAGAAGGAAUGACCGGAGGAGGCAAAGGGCUCCCGGGACCAACAAGCCCCAGCAACACACCGAGCAUCAGCAAGGCACGGCCAAACACAACAGGGAACACCAGAAACCCUCCCAGGCAGGCCAAGCCCCACACCCUUCGGGGCGGACCGGCCACCACGGCUACAGCCAAAACCGGCGGUGGCACCAUAACCAGAAGCACGUGCCCAAUGACAAAGAGAUGCACAGAAAUGCCAAAGAGACUGAGAACCUGAAGAUCGAGGACGCCCCCGUCUGCACGGUCCACAUCCCCCUCGAGAUGCACCGCAGCAGUGAAGCUGCCGAGCGGCAGUCCCCGCAGUACAUCCAGGACCCCGAGAACAAGCGGAAAGACAGCAUCCACGAUCGGAUAAGCGAGAGGCCCAAGAUCAACUUGCUGCAGUCUUCCAAAGACAGACUACGCAGGAGACUAAAAGAGAAGAUGCCUUGUCUUUCCCUUUUCACGGAUCAGGACGAAGUGGCCGUGGAGUCUCCCAACCCCCAAAGGAACAAAAUGGACAAACUAAUUGAAAUUCUCAACAGCAUGCGAAAGAACAGCAGUGGGGUGGACUCCAAGCUCGCCAGCUUCAUGGAGGAGGCCCAAAACUCCGCCAACUCCGAGGAGAUGCUCGGGGAGAUUGUCAAAACCAUUUACCAGAAGGCCGUGACGGACCGCAGCUUUGCCUCUACGGCGGCCAAGCUCUGUGACAAGAUGGCGCUCUUCAUGGUGGAAGGCACCAAAUUCCGGAGCCUCCUUCUCAACAUGCUACAGAAAGACUUCACCGUGCGGGAGGAGCUACAGCAGAGCGACGCGGAGCGCUGGCUCGGCUUCAUCACCUUCCUCUGCGAAGUGUUCAGCACCAUGCGAAGCAGCACGGGGGAGCCCUUCCGAGUCCUCGUCUGCCCCAUUUAUACCUGCCUCAGGGAGUUGCUGCAAUCUCAGGACCUAAGGGAAGACGCUGUCCUUUGCUGCUCGAUGGAGCUGCAAAGCACCGGCCGACUGCUGGAGGAACAGCUGCCUGAGCUGAUGACGGAGCUGCUGGCCAUCACGCGCGACAAGAUGCUGUGCCCCUCGGAGUCCAUGCUGACCCGGUCCCUCCUCCUCGAAGUCAUUGAGCUGCACGCCAACAAUUGGAACCCGCUGACGCCCACCAUUACGCAGUACUACAACAAGACAAUCCAGAAACUGACCGCCUGAGAGGAGGGCAGGAGGCAGGAGGCUGGGAAGAAGACACGCACUUUACAAACACAAAACACAGAGCAGAAAGGAUUCGGGAAGGAACUGAGCUGCGGCGACCAGAGAAGGGACCGAGAGACCUUUUGUGGUCAGAUACCUAAGAAGAGAAACCCCAGCAUGCUUAAGAAAACGUUCGUUCGUGGGGGCAAAGCAUGUUUCUUUUCAGCUGUGUCCUCAGGCGCCCCCGCCGCCCUUCUCCCCCGCUUUGUUUUGCUUUAGGUCCCCCUUUGAUUAAAUCCAUUGCUCAUGCGGCUCAGCAUCCCGCCAGGUCAUUGUCUGGGUUCAGAAAGAACACGGCCAGCUUGAAUAGCGCGUCAGAGGGCGAGCACGGACGGCUUUCACGGCAUCCUCAGGGCUUGCACCAGCCAACUGGCAGAAGGCAGCGCUCAGCAGAUGUCCUUGAGGGGGACAAAAGCAGACACGUUCCACACCAGACGCUGGUAAUUGACAGCUCUUGUCAAGCAGAGAGACCCCCUCCCCUCAUUUCUUCCACUCCUCUUGUCUUCGAGGUUUUGUCUCCUGUCGUCUCCUCCCCUUCCACUGCUUUGUACCCUGAAGCCCCAUUCCAGAUUAGACAUUCGGGGGAUGAAUUUCUCUCUCUUUUCUUUAAAAGAAAUUGCACUGGGAAUUGGUUUUCUUUGUUGGUUUAUUAUUUUAUAUACAUAUGCAUACCUAUAUCUUAUAUACUCUUGAAUGGAGAAAUUACUGUCAAGCUUUUAAAAGCAAACAUAUGUUAUGAUGUGAGCUUCCAGUUGCUGGAGGAUCCUGACACAAGGAAGCAAAAAUGAAAAGAAAAGAAACUUUACAAGUAUUACAGUCACAAAAUAUCUUGCCAAGGGGUUAUAAUUUAUACAGCCCAAUCCUAUACAGAGUUCGGUGGCACUUCCAAGUAAAAACGCAGCUCCACACAUCUUUAUUUUCUUAGGAAACGCCAGCGUUACAUCAGUCUCCUGCAGCAAACCUGUAAUGUACGAACUCUGUACGAGUGUACGCUUCCUUAAACACCCACCGACAUCUCUCUUGGGACUCCCAGCGCUGUCUGUUUUUUCCAGAGGCAUAUACAGGUGUGCUUAAAGAAGCGUACACAGGUGCAUGUGUGCACCUGUUACGUAUUUGUUGCAUUUGUGUUUCUCACAACAGCUAUGUGUGCGUAUGCCUUAACUGCGCAUGGAGCGUAGCUUCAGUGGAGCUGGCAAUUGUGUGCCAACAACUGCGAGGGAUAGUUAAGUCCAAGGCUCACCUGUGGAUGUGGAAGUGGCCCGUGCCCACUGAACAGAGAGCAGCUCAGCCAUUCGGAAGUUAACCCUUUCAUUGCUUUGUAUAAAUAGUCUACAAUUAAAUUAAUAGCUGUAAAGGUGCAGUUAAGUUAGGGCCACUACGGUUGAGCCUGCAAAUAAUAAAGGGUGUGGGCUGAGAUGGGGAAUUAAGACUUGAAGUUUUUCUUUAGAUGCCAGUAAAUAGAAGGUGAAAUGUGAGUAUAUGAUAUUUGAAGUUUGGAACAGGGAUAAGAUGUGAUGAAGGAAGGAAGGAAGGAAGGACGGAAGGACGGAAGGACGGAAGGACGGAAGGAAGGAAGGAAGGAAGGAAGGAAGGAAGGAAGGAAGGAAGGAAAUACACAUUUAAAGAAGGCAGACUCCUGGCCAGCAAGAUAUAUUUAAUCUUAUUUUUAUUUUCCAGCAUUUCAUAGUGUGGUGUUGCAAAACCUUCUAAUUUAAAGUGAAACGUACCCCGGUCUUUCCCUCACUUGAGAACAGCCUUCCCCAGCCUCACACUUAGACAGCCAUUGUCCUCACCCCCAGCCAGAUGUGCUGAGCUAACAGGUUGUAGCGGAUCGUAUCUGGAAGGUACCAGGUUGUGGGAGGCAACUUUAUUAUUAUUUUUUAUUAUUAUUAUUAGAACAUUUCUAUGCUUGUAGUUCGCUGAACCCUUCAGCUACUCAGAAAGGUCAUUAUUCCGUAUGAAACAAAGCAUCAAGUCAGAAGGCAGUGCAGUGUCAAUGGCAGGAGGGGAAAAUGCCCCGGGAAGGUUCCUACGAAGCCCCUCCGCCUGCACUGGGGAUCUUUCCUGGUAGCUGGCAUUGCAAGCAGGAGUGACCCGGAUAGUUGCCAAGCAGCAUAAGAACCCCCCAAGAACAGCCGCGCUGGAUCCAGCCAGGGGUCCAUCUCGCCCAGCGUUCGGUUUCCACAGUGGCCAGCCAGUGGCCUAUGGGACGCCCACCAGCAGAAGGCAGGUACCAGAGCGUCCUUGCCCCCGUGUUCCCCAGCGACUGGUGUACACUGGCACGCUGCCUCUGACACUUGGAGGCAACAUGGCGCCCGCCAGACGGCUAGCCGUUCAUGGCCUUGACCUUCAUGAAGGUGACCAGUCCCCGUUUCGAGCCAUCCAGGUUGGUCGUAGCAAAGCCCAUCGGCCGGUGUGCUGUCCACGCGAGUGCUGGCAGGGCAUGAUGGUUCUUGUCCUCAGUUACUUUUAGCCACCCCGACAUUAUUGGCAGUAGUCCACUGAUAAUCCUGGUUAUGUCACCCAGGGGCUCCAUAAUGAAGGAAAGCUGGGAUAUAAACAUUUUAAAUAAAUACCAUAAACAACACUCCCUGCAUAGCAACAUUCAGUGUUGGGGUUUGGGCUGAACACCCUCCUUCACAGCUGAUACUGUGCUGAUUCAAGCACUGGCGCCUCCAGGGGACCCUUGCCUAGUCUGGACUGGUUGGACAAGUUCGCUGGGCUGCCAUCCCUGGCUUCAGAACCAUCUGGCUCAGGGAUCGUUGGACACCAUGGUGAGAACUCCAUGCUACGGGGAGAAAACCCUUUUGGAACAACUUGGCUCAGAAAUAGUAACUAGGAUCUCUCCAAGUGCAGGUUUUAGUAAAUCCGAUUUUACCUGCCCUGGGAUUUGUCUACACCAAAGGAGGGUGGUGCUGUGAGGAAGUCUCCAACUUUUGGUCCUCUGAACGUUUUGCCCUGAGACUUGCCUCAGCAUAGCCCGUGACAAGGAAUCAAGGGGACAGGUUUGCUGUGGGACCCAUCCCUGACUCUUUACCAAAAGCACCGUGUCACUUCCAGAAGGCUCACGUCCAGGAUUCAGACCAAAGGACUGAGUAUGUGAGAAGUGACCUGAAGGGAAGCACUACGGAAUGCUGUCCCGAAACACAGAAGUCCCUUGUAGUCUCCUCCAUGAAUUGGUCCAGUCCCCCUUUUAAGUCUUCUAAGGUCACUGCAUUUUCUGGCAAUGAGUGCAUUGCAUUCAUCAUUUUAUUUAUUUUAUUUAUUUUUCGAUUUAUAUCCUGCCUUUUUCCUACAAAGGGCUCAAGGCAGCUUACAUCAUCUCUCCUCCUCCAUCUUAUCCCCACAACAACAACCCUGUGAGGUAGGUUGGGCUGAGAGUCUGUGACUGACCCAAAGUCACCCAGUUGGUCUUUCCAGUAUCAAAAGAUACUGUGCAGCCACGCCAUCUUUUCCUCCUCAAUGGACUUAGAAACAAGAUGGAAGAAUUGGUGGGUAAAUAUGGCAAGUUCCCAAGUGGAGGUUUCCACAGCAGGACUCCCCAUUAAAUCCCACGAAGGGUGGCAGGCCUCCAUCCCCAGAGCCCCCAUUAAAUCCUCCGAAAGAGGUGAGAUGAUUGCAUGACAAACAUCUCUUCCGAAAGCUCUCAGAGUUGCUUCCCAACCUUCCUUUUGUCCCCGGUCCCAAACUAACAGCCAGUCCGUUUUCUUGCAUGAUUCCCAGCCUGGAUGAACUUCUGUGACUCUCAAAGAGGAGCGCUCUUCCUAAAGUGCGGAAUGGGUCCCCCAUCUUUCCCUGUUACCAAAGAGUCGUGCACUCGUUUGGGACAAGACAAACAGGAAAAUAGCUUCUCCUGCAGAAAUGGGAGGGCAAGCAAGUAUCUUUAUUGUGGGAGAAACCUCCCUUCUGUUAUUGCCAAGUCCCUUCUGGAAACAAAGGAGUAAAACAAUUCCCUUGCUUAGCAGUAAAGGUGAAAAGCAGAGAUGAACAAAUGAAUGCAUCCACCAACUGCUUUUGUCAGGUAUCAAAUUAUCUCCUGCAUUUCAUUCAGUGCUUUCAAUUUGACCAGUGAAUAGUAUGAAAAGAGGGAGGGGGCAGAAGAGGGGGACCACCCUACGACAGACCUGUGUGUUAUUGCCUUUUGAAAGCCCUAAAUUUUCACUUAAUCAUUUGCAAUUUUCUUAGAGCACAAAGAGGCAGAGCCAGCCCACAUGACAGUAAUUCUGUUAAAGUGCUUUGCUGCCGCCAGCCAUGAAAACUUUGGCCAGAGAUGGCCUUUAAUAGAGAUUGCUUUUGAGUAGCAGCCGUGGACCCAGAUACAGAAGCUUAAUGGAUUUGGUCCCAUUAUUUUGUUCGGCAGAGCUGGGAUUCCUCCUGGCCGCCUUUGCACAACAACAGCUGUGAUCCUCCGGUGUUAGCAAUGUCCGCUGCCCUUUCAGGACUGUAAUUUAUAUGCAGCAUCCUUUAAUUUCAUUUCUUUCAACCAUCGACUUGAUUAUAUAAUGUGAUAUUCUGAUUGUUCCACUCGUCUGUGGAAAUCUAAAUGCUGGUGAAAUUAUAAACAGCCUCUCUCCAGCCCUUUGGCAUUCAACAGAUCCUACGCAGAAUAACAUUUCUUUUAGAAAUCGGGGCCUGGCUCCGCUCACGUGGCCUGAGUGUGUUACCCCAAAUAGGAAUUCACGUGCCCAGUUGUUACUCCAUGUACCAGGGCAGGUCAUAUCUGAUGUGGCAGAAGCUGCAGGCAGAUCAGCUGGGGAAGGCAUUUUUCAGCAGAAUGGGGUCGUCUGUCACCAGCCGCAGGAAAGCAAGUCCUUACGUACUUGAGAUGCAUCCAAGUUCAGCGUGGACCAAAUCCAGAUGUGCAUCAGCUGGAGCUCCAGUGGUGGGACUUGGUGCCUUCCAUGGGAUCCAUGUUGGAUCCAGUUCUCCCCAUGAGCAUGUCAGGGCUCUCUUGAAUUUGUGGGGCAGGACAAAUGAGGCUAUCAGAAGAGGGAAAGGGUCACCCAAUUUUGAGGGAAUACCGGUCCAGUUUUGGAUCAUUCACUCCCUGUGCCCCUUCUCAGAUUGCUCAGGAGCGCCCGUUCGUCCCCAAAGAGUCUUUUUUACUAGGUUCCUAGCUAAUGCCUUUUCUCACAACAUAGUGAUACUGGUCAGAGGUAACAGGUGAAUAGAUUUUGCAACCUGGAAGGCAGGGCCCAGGUGACAUUUUGCAUCAGUGCAAUGAAAAGUUGUUUCCUUAAGCCUUAAGGAGAAUAUGCAGGCUUUGGAUAGUUUAAUGGUGCAAUCCAGUUUAGGAAAAUGUCCUACAGGUCACAACUGCUCCUGUAGAACACUUUCUGUCCAAACAUGGAUGGAAUUACCACUUAAAGGAAUUUUAUGCUUUCUUCACAAGCUGUUUUUCUCUUCCAACACCCUUCCAGGUGUUUUACCUCCUGCAAGAGAGUGUUACGGUCUUUUUCAUGGAAUGUCUAGUUUGGCCCUAGAUCUGUGACAGAGCAGGAAUAGUGUCAAAGAACUGCAGCAGCUGUCCUGAUGCAUUCUUAAUGUCCCUGAAGCUGUAAUGAAGUUGGAAAUGCCUUUCCAAAGCUCCAUAGCUAGACAGAUAGAGGGGUUAGGAACUUCGUGCAGACGGACUAAAAACAGUGCCCCCGAUUGCCACGUAAAAAGCCAAUUGAAAGCAUUCUUUCGAGCAUCUGGUCUCUCGGAUGCUGGCGGGUGCAGACAGAUGCAGAGAAAUCAAGUAACUGAUUUCUCAAGGGGUCCCAAGACUCUGCAGGCACAUAUUGAGAAAGUAGCUAGUGCGUAACCCAGGCUGGAUGCGCCCGGCCAGGUAAAUGCAACCUCGUUCGUGGACAUAUUAGAAUAUUUGUGUGAGUCAGUGAGGAGCUUGUUAUCCUUAGAGGUUAAGUUUUGAUUAUUAAGAUGAAUUUGGAUAAAGGGACAGAUUGGUUUGCAUGUGUUCCUAUUGAUCUUUUGGGGACCCAGGAAAUGAACCACACUCCCCGGAAGUCCCUUCUGGCUGCAUUUUUAAUUCAAGAACAUUCUCUCUUCCUGGUCUUCUUCUCUGCAGGUUUUGAGUACUUUAUUAGGGCCUGAGUCCCCAUCGUUGCGAUGAGGGAUGGCAGCUGUGGAGGGAGGGCCCGAGCAUUGUGGUGACUGGGGUUGGUUGUGGGGAACAAUAGCUGUGUGUACAAAGGCACGGUGUGCUUUGCCAUGGAGUCCCUGCUACUGCAGACCAAGAUGCCUCCCCUCGUUGGCCAGGAAUGGUAGGAGCUGGAAUGAAUGGCAACCACUGACAUGCGGCAGUCAGUGGAAGGUGCCUUCGAGAAUAUGGGGGACGACUAAACUGUGCUUGCCCUCGCUGGCUGCAGCCACGGAGACUCAAACUAGCCCUGUUUCCGUAGCCCUGUCCUCAGCCCUGUUUCUUGCUCACACGGAAGUAUUAGCAAAUAUGGGGAACUGGCUUUGAUUAAAGAUCCUGUUGAAGCACCACGAGGAAGGAGAAAAGUGGUUGGCCUUCAUGUUUCCAUUGCAGGAAAGAAUGGGUGGUGAACCCGAUUGCAAUGUUGCGGGGAAUUUCAGUAAACGUUUUCAGUGUUGGCCAGCCUUCUGUCUGUCUGUCUUUCUUUCAAGGAAGGUCUUAGGCUUCCUUAACAGCCCUCUCUUGGAAAUCCCACAUGGGGCAUUCUGAAAGUACUUGUCUUUUUAUUCUGAAUGCUAAUCUGGAAUGACGUCCAUCCCUCAUUCGGUUCUUAUGAUUAUUGUGAUAUUUCUAAAGAAUCAACGUGCUCUGUGUUUGUCGCAUACACUUCCAGGAACAGGUAAAGUACACAACUAAACCUUAGAAUGCCUCUAGCCAUUCUUUUGUUUGACAAAUGCAUUUGUUUGAGUAGGGAAAAGAGGUAAAAGAUUUUAUGCAAGCUUUCUCACAACCCUGGGCCAUUCAUGUUGAUAAAAGGCACUGGAUCGGUUCAUCUGGUCUAAUGCGUGUCCAGAUUUUAGUAUUCUCUGCAAAGGGAGAGGAGAAAUCCACUUUUUUAUAUCAUGCUUUAACCACAUGGAAUCGCAUAGAGCAAGGUUAGGCAACCUCUGAAGUUUGGCUGCCAUUCCAUUGAUGGCCGCUGGCCCAUGUAGAGGCUGGAAUAACCUCUCAGUGGUGGGCAGGAUGUAUAAUACAGCUGUCCACAUCUAGCAGUGAAACUUUCCGUGUGCCUCGGUGGAGCAUGGUCGUUGACUAGGGCAAAACGGAGGAGCCAGUGUCCUUCCACAAUCGUCCCCUCAAGGCGCAGGAAGGCCGGCCAUGGCCCUUGGUCUUUCCAGAAUCAGACAGCCAUGCAGUAACGCAGUCUUCCUGCAGACGCCUCCUAGAUCAGCCUUCCCCAACCUUGUGCCUUCCAGACACAUUUGGACUGCAACACCCAAAAUUCCCAGUCAGUAGCCAUGCUGGAUGGGAAUCCUGGGAGCUGCAGUCCACAUGCCUCGAAAGGCCGCCAGGUUGGGGGAAGGCUGCCCUAGAUGUUUUGGAUUACAAUCUGCCAACAUGCCUGGCUGUCUGAGACUGGCAGAAGCUGAAAUCUGGAAGGCGCCAUGUUCGGGAGGGCUGCAGUAACAUUCGUAUGGAAUAAAGAUAAGAGGCCGUCAUGAGGCUCAAGUGCCAUCGGUCCUAACAUAUCUGCUCAGAAGUCAUCCUGUUAACUUACUCCCAGGUAAUUUGGCUAGAGGAUUGUAGUCCCAGGUGAGCCCCACUAGGACUAAAGGGCAGAGCAAAGGUGUCCACUACACGUCUUGCUUCAAGUCCAGGAAAGCCAAUUCAAGGCUUGAAGGCUACGCCAUGGACAGGACACUGGGGUUCUUCAAACAUGGCUUAAGUGCUUAUGUGAAAAACCUCAAGGGCACCCUUUCUAUCACAAAGGGGAUACCCCAAAUAGGCAGGACUUGGAUUGCAACCUCCUUUCUUACUUUCCCUGCAGGUGUGCUCAAUUUUAUCAAUAUGUGUAUUAUUUAAUGCUAACCUUUUCUUAAUCUAGCUAAUCAUAAUACUUCAGUCACCAGGAUGUAUCCAAAUGGUAAUGUUUAAAGUGCAAUCCCAUGCAUGCUUAGGCAAGGGGGAGAAAUCCUACAAUUUCACUGGCUGGUGCAUAUUGGGAGUUGUGGGCACAUUUUCCUGUCCAAACAUGCAUGGGAUUGCACUCUUAAACUAUCGAAAUCUUGUGUCAAAAAUGACAAUGAAGCCGUGAUUUCCUUUAGAACACAGACUUGUGCUAACAGUGAUUUUUUUAAUUGCAAAAACGUAUUUAUUUUGUUUGAAAACCAACAUUUAAUUUAAACAUUUAUCAUAUUUGUUGUUGUUUUUUAAGUGCUUUUGUUUAAAAAAAAGGUUUAAAAGGAAAAAAAAAACAUUCUGGAACUGAGGAGACUUAGAAGUUUGUUAUAAGUGGAAGGCACAUGCGGAGAACAUUCUCCCAUCAUUUCCUGCCUUGAAUAGACUGUUAAGGAAAAGGAGAGGAGAAUUCUUCGUGGCGAUUCACUUUUGUUUAUGGAACAUCCCGAACCGCUCUAUGCUAUAAAAUACAUCAUCUGAUGAGAAAUAAAAGUUUCAAGCUCAAUGGUA